AUGGUUCUAGAGAAGUUAGAGGAGUUUCAUGUCUCUGAGAAUGGCUUAAAUGGUUCUAUACCUCACUGGGUAGGGAACCUGAGCAAUCUCAGAGUGUUUACAGCUUAUGAGAAUGAGUUGGUUGGUGAGAUACCUAAAGGGUUAGGUUUGGUUUCUGAACUGGAACUGUUGAAUCUUCACUCAAACCAGCUUGUGGGGAAGAUUCCAAAAGAUAUUUUUGAGAAAGGGAAGCUUAGAGUUUUGGUCUUGACACAGAAUAGGUUGACCGGUGAGCUCCCUGAAGAGGUGGGAAUCUGCAGCGGCCUCUCCAGCAUUAGGAUUGGGAAUAACGAGCUUGUAGGAGUCAUUCCGAGGACAAUAGGAAACGUAAGUGCACUUACCUACUUUGAAGCAGACACUAACAAUCUCUCAGGUGAGAUUGUUGCAGAGUUCUCGAAGUGUUCUAACCUCACUCUGCUGAACCUGGCAGCUAAUGGGUUCACUGGAACCAUUUCAACAGAGCUUGGUCAGCUCAUGAAUCUUCAAGAACUGAUUCUCUCUGGUAAUAGUCUCUUUGGGGAGAUCCCUAAAUCGCUUCUUGGAUGUGGAAACCUCAACAAGCUUGAUUUAAGUAACAACAGACUCAACGGCACCAUCCCUAAGGAACUCUGCAGCAUGCCAAGGCUUCAGUAUCUGCUCCUUGAUCAGAAUUCCAUAAGAGGAGACAUACCACAUGAGAUUGGAAACUGUCUCAAGCUGCUUGAGCUCCAGUUGGGUCGAAAUUACUUGACGGGAACCAUUCCUCCUGAGAUUGGUCACAUGAGGAGCUUGCAGAUAGCACUCAACUUGAGUUUCAACCAUCUUCAUGGACCAUUGCCAGCCGAGUUAGGAAGGCUUGACAAGCUCGUGUCACUAGAUGUCUCUAACAAUAUGCUUACAGGAACCAUACCGCAACUACUAAAAGGUAUGAUGAGUUUGUUCGAAGUUAAUUUCUCAAACAACUUCUUGAGCGGUCCAGUUCCAGUCUUUGUCCCCUUCCAAAAGUCUCCAAACUCGAGCUUCUUUGGAAACAAAGAGCUUUGUGGAGCGCCAUUGAGCUCUUCGUGUGGAUACUCUGAUGAUAUUGAACAUUCGAGAUACAAUCACAGAGUCUCCUACAGGAUAGUGCUUGCAGUGAUUGGUUCAGGUGUUGCUGUCUUUGUAUCAGUCACUGUGGUGGUUGUUCUCUUCAUGAUGAGGGAGAAACAAGAGAAAGCAGCGGGUAAAAACGUUGAAGUUGAAGAACACGUUGAGGAUGAGCAACCGGCGAUUAUAGCCGGAGAUGUCUUCCUUGAGAAUCUUAAACAAGGGAUUGAUCUAGAUGCAGUUGUGAAAGCAACCAUGAAGGAGUCAAAUAAACUCAGCACUGGAACAUUCAGUUCGGUUUAUAAAGCCGUCAUGCCUUCAGGUAUGAUUGUUUCUGUGAAGAAACUAAAGUCCAUGGAUAGAGCCAUAACUCAGCAUCAGAACAAGAUGAUCAGAGAGCUUGAAAGACUCAGCAAACUUUGCCAUGACCAUUUGGUUACACCGAUCGGGUUUGUUAUAUAUGAAGAUGUUGCUCUCUUGUUGCAUCAGCAUUUACCUAAUGGUAACUUAUCUCAGCUGAUUCAUGAGUCCUCCAAGAAGCCAGAGUACCAACCAGACUGGCCAAUGAGACUGUCCAUAGCCGUUGGAGUAGCAGAAGGCUUAGCGUUUCUCCACAGUGUCGCCAUUAUUCACCUUGAUGUUUCCUCUAGCAAUGUCUUACUAGAUUCUGGUUACAAACCUGUGCUUGGAGAAAUCGAAAUAUCGAAAUUAUUAGAUCCAUCACGAGGCACUGCAAGUAUAAGCUCAGUUGCUGGCUCCUUUGGGUACAUUCCUCCAGAGUAUGCAUACACAAUGCAAGUGACUGCACCGGGGAAUGUAUACAGCUACGGAGUCGUGUUGCUUGAGAUUCUAACCUCAAGAGCGCCGGUGGAGGAAGAGUUUGGUGAAGGAGUAGAUUUGGUGAAAUGGGUUCAUGGAGCUUCAGGGAGAGAAGAAACACCGGAACAGAUACUUGACGCCAAGCUUAGCACUGUAUCCUUUGCUUGGAGGAGGGAGAUGCUCGCAGCUCUGAAAGUUGCAUUGCUUUGCACAGAUAUCACACCUGCAAAAAGGCCAAAGAUGAAGAAAGUAGUUGAAAUGCUCCAAGAGGUUAACCAAAGUAAAUGA